GACAGCGGUCCAGAAGAGCAGGAACCGUCCCGGAAAUGAAGUGGGGGGGAAAAAACAGCGGACGACGACGACUACCACCGUGUGCCGGACUCCACCUCGCAACAGAUGAAUAAAUAUCCGCGGUCGUCACAAGAAUUGAGAGGAAGAGAAGAAAUCAACAGCUAGCGGGUUAUGUUUGACCGGCUCGCGGCGCCUCUCUUUCGCCGAACAGCGUGAGCGGAGCCCCGGCCAGCCAAGCAACGAGCCAGCCGUUAGCCGGACCGAGCGUCCCUUCUUUCCUUCCUUCCUUCCUUCCUCCCUCCCUCCCUCUCCUUCCCCCGCUAUGGAUGCGUUACUGUGGAUUGCCCCGCUGGCUGUGCCGCUCGUGGUGGUGGCGGUCCUGUGGAGCAGCGGUCACACGUUGGUGUUUUAUUUCAAGAAGUGCUUCUACGUGGCCUGGAUGAUGGUGCUGGCGCUGCUGGCCAUCCCGCUGUGCGUGCUCAAGAGCGGCGGCAGGGACGUGGAGAACAUGAGAAUCAUCCGCUCCCUGGUCCGACACGUCAAGUAUUUCCUCGGUCUGCGGUUCGAAGUCAGCGGCUGGGAGCACCUCCAGACGCCGGGCCCCUACGUCAUCAUCUCCAACCACCAGAGCUCGCUGGACGUUUUGGGCCUGAUGGAGAUCCUGCCCGACCGCUGCACGAUGAUCGCCAAGAAGGAGCUGAUCUACGCCGGCACGGUGGGCCUCAUCUGCUGGCUGGGCGGCAUCGUCUUCAUCAACCGCAAGAAGACCAGCGACGCCAAGAGCGUGAUGGCCGACGCCGCCAAAACCAUGUUGAACGAGCAGAUCCGUCUGUGGGUGUUUCCCGAGGGGACGCGGAACCAGAGAGGAGACCUUUUGCCCUUCAAAAAAGGCGCAUUCCACCUGGCCGUGCAAGCGCAAGCGCCCAUCAUCCCGGUGGUCUUCUCCUCCUACAGUAACUUCUACCUACGGAAAGAGAAGCAGUUCAAAUCGGGGACCAUCCGGUUGAAGAUCCUCCCGAAGAUGGAGACCAAGGGCAUGACGUCCGAGGACGUGGCGUCCCUCGCCGACAAAUCCUUCGACGCGAUGCGAUCGGCCUUCCUGGACAUCUCUGGCUCGGCGUGCGGCAACGGGCCCGUGAGGCACUGAGCGCCCGCCGGUCCCGCCGUUUUGUCGACCUCGGCCUCUCCUCCGCGCCCACCGCCCACUUUUACCCCACCCCCACCCCCACCCCCCGCUACUGUCUGACCAGGCGGCCGGUCCCGGUCCGGGGGCCCGGUUGCGGUCCGCUCGGUCCCGACCCCUCGCGACGUCCGCGAGCGGAGUGACGGCCGGCGAACGCGCCCGAACGGACGUGCGUCGUUCUUUCGUGCAUGCCCCCUUUUUGCGCGUUCUUCAUUUUGGAUUCAUUUAUUUCAUUUUAUUUGAAAUCCUUUCAUGUUGCCUUUUUGUUUUUGUUGUGGUCGUUUUGGGACGCGGUUGGACGUCCGCUCGCCACUCUUGAAGUUCUUCCGGUGCGCCAGGAAGCGGCGGUGCCAGCGUUUGUUCAGCGUUUGUGGCGUGACAAUAAAGAAACGAGACGGCACUCGGCACGGUCAUGUCGACGUUACUCGAGCUUAUUUUUCACCACCAAUAUGUAUCAGAGCCACGAUGAAAAAUGAAAAAUUGACAUUUUACAAAGCAAAUUGAAGGGGAAAAAAUGACAUUUGUCGUGACGAUUUUUCUCUUGAAGAAAAUAUUUUACGAGUGUUUCUCAAAAUAUGCCUUGUUGACUUUUUUUUAUGGCUAAAAUGCAACCUUAUUAAUGUUCAAUAUUAUAACUUAAUUUCAUUUAGUUUUCUUAUAUAAAAUAUAUGACCAUUCGCGUGCAAAGGUUACAUUUUUUUCUGGAAAAAAUUGACUAUUAUUUCAACUAUUUGCUCAAAAUGUGGCUAUUAUAAAAAUAGUGCUUUAUUGUAAUAUUGGCAAUUUUUUACUUUUAUGAAAGAAUUGACUUAAUAUUGCACUCAUCGUCCUCAUUUUCAAAAAAUAUAACUCAUACGAAGAUUACAUUUUUUCCUGAAAAAAAAAAGACAUUCCAA